UUCGCUCGCCGGAGGGGGUGUUUCUCCAAGUGACAGGAGGACGAGCGAUAAAUGAAGGAAUAAGGAGGAAUACGAAGGACGAUUGAGCGAUGGAGGAAGUGGAUAAGAUUCUGAUUCUCACUCUGAAUCAGCUGGGAUGCGAUAUAGAUGAAGAAGUCAAGAGUGUUGGAGGCUUUGGGAUUCCUGAGGUUGUUACGGGAGUAGUCAAAUGCAUAAGAGCCAUAAACAGUGAUUAUGAACUGCCAUCGUCACUCCCUCAAAAUAUGGCUCAGCGCUUCAGAGCUGCAGCAUCAAUUGCACAAGCAAUUAAGGAUGUGGGUUACUCAGGAGAUGUUGGUUAUCAGUCUCUUUUAUACCCUAAUGAAACUGAUCUUCGGAAGAUUUUCAUGUUUCUUUUGGAGAAGUUGCCCAAAGAUACUGCUACUGUUUCUGAUGAACCUCUGAACAAGUUGACACUUAUUAAGAUGGAAGCCAAGAGAAGGCUUGCAGAGUCACUAAAGCAGCCAUGGAUUCCUCCCCAUUGCCGCCAUGUUGCAUGCAAAUAUGCCACCAAAGCCUCUGUCACAAAGUAUGGAACUCACCACACUCGACAGUUUGCAUCAAAGGUGUAUACUCCAAUGCGUAAUGCUUCAAAAUUGUCUCCUGCGCAAGAGGAUUACCACAAGAAUCAUGCCAGAACAGUCAGUGAUAUAAUUGGCAGAGAUUUUGUCAUAACAUCACUCUUGCGGGCUCAUGCUCUCCAACUGUGGCUGUUUUCUAGAUUCCCAAGUCUUAUCCACGGGUCUCCUAUUUCUAUGUUUGUUAAAGAUUGUGAUGCUUAA